AAUGUGCCGCUUUACUGUAAUCACAAGGACAACGUUCAGAAAGGCAAUUAAUACGCAUUACUAAAAAAAAAAAAAAAGUAAUAAUAAUAAUCACACGAGGUCUCAAAACAAGACAAUCGUAUUGGCACAGCUUGUAGAAAAUAGCAUACAAUACUGUUUUUAUUUGAAUUGUUGAGACACGGUCCUUAACACAAAUGGAUAGACAACUGAUGAAGUUCGUGGAUCGGGUGAAAUCUCUCAAAAAUAUUGGCAGUGGUGGCUUGGACGAAAUUGCCUCUGAGUACAGCAUUAUCCGUGCUCAGGCGGGAGACCUCAAAGGGAGCAGCGGCUUCACAACAGAGGCUGGACAGCUCAAGGACAACGUUAAGAAGAACCGUUACAAGGACAUCUUGCCCUAUGACCAGACACGUGUGCCCCUUUCCCCGCUGGAAAACGAGUCCGAAUCUGACUACAUCAACGCCAGCUUCAUCCAGGGUGCGAUUGGGAACAAACAAUACAUAGCCACUCAGGGCCCCCUCAGCCAUACUCUGGGAGAUUUCUGGAGGAUGGUUUGGCAGUACAAUGUGAAGGUCAUUAUCAUGGCCUGCAGAGAAAUAGAACUGGGGAAGAGAAAGUGUGAGCGCUACUGGUCAUCUCACACAGAGACCUCCGUCUUCGGAGCUUUCGCUGUAACAAAUUUGGAAGAGCGUAGCCCAAAUGAAGAAGUGGUCAUACGGACUCUCUUAGUGAAAUAUCAAGAUGAAACGCGUACAAUCACUCAGUUUCAGUACACAGCGUGGCCAGACCACGGCAUUCCCUGCGCGUCAGACGGCAUCUUGGGAAUGAUGGUGAUGGUCCGCAAAACGCAAGGGCCCAGCACAGCUCCCAUCCUCAUCCACUGCAGUGCUGGCUGUGGAAGAACAGGGGUGAUCUGCACGGUGGACUACGUGCACGACCUUCUGCUCACAAACCGAAUCAGGGAGGACUUCAGCAUUAUGGAGAUCGUCAUGGCGAUAAGGAGGCAGAGACCAUCGGCUGUUCAGACUAAGGAACAGUAUGAGUUUGUAUACCACACUGUGGGACAGAUGUUUGAGAAGGCUUUACUGAGUCAGUGUAACAACUACCAGAACCUGACUGAGAACCGCUUGCCUCUGUAUGACGAUGUGUACUCAGUGAAGAUUCAGCGGAGACAGACAUCCUCCUGCAGAGCCGGCGACCUACAGCCCAAACGAAAGUCCAACCUACUGCCACAGACUUCACACCCCCUGGGACAGAAGAUGAAUGAUACCUACGCUGUUGUCAACAAACCCAAACACCGCCCGCCCCCAGAAUCCACCUCUCCCCUGCCUACAGCCCAUCACUAUGACAACGCAGACCUGGGAGGCCCAAGCCCUCCGGCUGACGCUCUCUACAGUACAGUGAAACCCAAGAACCGCUGCAGCGUCGUCCCAGCCUCCACGGCCACCUAUGACAGAGUGAUACCAGCCAGUGACAGAGGAGCAGAGGCCUCAGUGACAUCAGACCAAGGCAACUACGAGCUGGUCCAAGGAGUCUUCAGCACCUCCAGCAGAAACACAGCGCCUGCGAACUCCCAUCAAAUUAGAAGACCUUCUGAGGCUCGCUCCUCAACGGAUGAUGACUAUGAAUACAUCUCCAACCCCCUCAAAGAUGUGACCAGUUAUUGCUCUCCAGGCAGUAUGGGGUUCAACUGUCGAAUCAAGAAACCCAAAGGUCCCCGUGACCCCCCGGCAGAGUGGAGCCGAGCGGAGCGGUAACGUGCCAAACCGGGCCGUGAACGUGCUGCAAGCCCAGCCGGGGGGCAGGGGUGGGGGGGGGAUUGCCGUUUUCGUCAUGGCAACGACCGAGGGACUGGGUACAAAACCGCUUCUCAAACUGGAAGACCCAGCACGACAUGCAUCAGUGGGACGGGCCGGAGGAACUGUCUGCUGCGCAGGGUGUACACACACAGAACUGGAAUAAUGCAGCGAAUGUGAGAGAAUGUGUAGAGAUGGAGGCCUGCGGUUUCUCCUCACGCUGCACAGCUGUGAGAUCGCCGUCUUCACAGCCGUGCCAUGCAACAGGAGAGCAGAGCGAAGAUGCAGGCGUGACUGACGCCGCCCAGAAACAUUUCAUCUGAAUUUAUUAUUAGCCUAUAAACAUGUGUGAUUCUUCUGCAUUUGUGUAAUGGUAUGUACAUGA